GCUCCUCAAACAUAGCAGUACCAACCUCCCCAAACCUAGCUCCCAGCCUCUCCAGUGUCCCUGAUAUACAUAAUGUUUCUUCAUCUCCAUCCCCUGUCUCUCCUUCGUCCUCCAGUAUCUCUUCCCCAGUCCGCCCUCUCUCACCACUCCUUCCACCCCUCUCUCCUCCCCCUCCUCCUCAGACUGCAAAACUAAGUGCAGAUGAUGGAGGCCUUGUAUCACCUCCAUUGUGUACAGUAGCAUCAUCACCACAAGCUUUCAGCUUUCUAACAAGCCCUUCUUCUCAAGCAGCAGUAACAGCUUCUUCACCAUCCUCCUCCAACUCCUCUGUUUCACCACCUCCAUUACCCUCAUCAUCCCCCCCACCAUUAUUCUCGUCAUCUCCACUCAGCCCUACUUUGGGCUCCAUGUGUAUUUCGACAAACUCUUCCCCUGUGGUCAGUUUAGCUUCAAGUUUGUCCUCUACAUUAACCCCAUCUGCUUCAGUAAAGAAUAAUUAUUGUUCCUCUAUACCUGGUGUGCCACCUCCCUUACCUCUCACUGAUCCUCCUGUUCUCCUGGCCCCUAUGGAUGGCGAGGAACUGGAACCCCCCCAUUCCCCCCUUGAUGUAUCAACGCCUCUCACUAUGGAUGGGAUGACUGCCUUGCAUCUUGCGGCACAUGGAAACAACUGGCAGUCAGUGCCGGUGCUUGUGAGAUGCGGUGCCAGUGUGAGUGCCGAAGAUGAUGAUGGUCGCACGCCCACCUACCUGGCUCUGCUGUAUGCCUGCACCCCAGCUGCAGCUGAACUGCUUAGCUUUCCCCAGUCUUUAGAGCACACAACAAAGGAUGGUUGCAAUUACUUGCAUGCUGCCAUAAAAUCGGGUGAAGUUGAAUGUGUGGAACUUCUGGUGCAGCACAUUCUGGGUGCAGAGGCAGGGCCUAAUCUCUUACAUAGACUAGCAACAGGACCAGACCAUCGUGGCAAUACACCACUAGCCCUAGCCUUGUCUGCCACCAACUCGCAGAUGUUGUCAGCCCUCAGUCAAGCAGGACUAGAUCUGGCUCCGUUGAUCAACCAUAAUCCCAGACUUGUCAACCUGGCAUCGUCAGCUGCACUUGCCCUUAUCUCAAGUUCUGAUCGGAGCGAGUGUACGUGUUCUGUGUGGAUUGAAGGCCUUGAUUUAGAGAAGAUCGGCAGUGGUGAUACAGUCAUCAGAGCCAAUGGAGAAGAAGGCUUGGAAAGGAAUAAUCGUGAGAGUGGCCAGAGAUGGGCUGUGGGUGCAGUCCGUGUAACACCUGCCACACUGUGGGCUGCUCUUGAGGAGACCCUGACAUCCCUGGUGCUUCAUCAUUGGGAAGCCUUGGCGAGAAGUCAAGGAGUGGGAAUCAUACCUUCAAGCAGUACAAAGGGUCGCAGUACUCCAGUUCGUGGAGAGAGAAGACGUUCUGAUCCAUUACAAGAAAUAGAAGUCAGCACAUCCUUCUUAGGCCUCAACAAAUCUGCCAUUAGUCACUUCUCAAUUGGACAUCACAAGUGGACUCGGGGAGAAUAUGGCCUUGUUAGUGGACCAUAUGACCUGUUGGUGAACAACAGUGCUCAGGACAUCUGUAUACACUUGCAUACAUUAGAGGCUACUGCUUACUCCCUCCUUGUACCUGUUCCCAUUUUAAAGAACUACCUUCGCCUGAUUGAGCAGUCACAGUGUGUGGUGGUUUAUGGUCCAAAGGAUAGUGGCAAGCGUUCCCUCGUAAGAUGUCUGGCUCGGCUGAAGGGCAGCAGCAGUGCAGGCAUCACACACAUUGAUAUGGGUGGUGGCAUAUCUAAUGGGGAGUCUGUAAGAGGCAUUUUAGAAAGUGGAGGGGGAUUAGUUGUUAUAGAACGUGUAUCAAGAGAGGCAUGGCCUGGUGUAUGGGGCACUGUAUGUGGAAGUAAUAACGGAACUGUUCUAGUUACCAUGGAUGCCUGGAGAAGGCCAGGGGGUGGUCAACUGGAGGGAGGGGUAUUGUGGGUACAGUUACGUCAUGAUCGAGAACCCAUGGUGGCAAUGAUCUCUCGUGCUAUGACACGUCACAUGGCCUCUCUACAUGCAGGAGUCCUGCCAUCUCCUAAUUCCCAAACUCAGAAGGCUAUAGACUGGGUGGCAGGGGCAUGGGGACGGCUUGCUGCAACUCUUAUGGCUCUAGGAUUUUCAUCAGCACUUCAUGGACCUCAUCUCUUCAUACAAACCCUCCUUGGUGCCAAUAAUCCAAGAGAUAUACUGAGGGGCGUGGAACACCUGUGGAAUAAUGUGAUAAGUGCAGAAAUUCGAACUGAAGUUAUUAGUGUAUGGAGGAAGUCCAGUGUUGGAGGGGAGGUGGAUGAGGCAAGGGUAACAAGCAUGGCAUUAUAUGUUGUCAUCCAACGUAGUCUUGCUCCUGGCCUGCCUCUUCCCACAACAGAGGCACACAGCUUCUUGGCAGCUCUUGAUGGUGGUCUUGGCAGGUCAGCCUUUCGAGGAAUAAAACCGCCUCUUCCACCUCCUAGACCAAAAGACUUACCCUUGGAUGUUGUAGCUGGUGGCUCCUGCAGCCCAUCAUUUGAGAGAACUGACAACUCGCACCAAAUGGCACAUCCUGUAGGUUUGGCAUCGCCUACAUCCCCUGAUUGGGAUGAAGCUAAUCUAACUAAAAUUUUAGGUUUAUCUCCCAUGGGAUAUGCAUGACCUGUAAAAUUACCUGACCAUCUGGAAGUGGCAAUGACAAUUCUGCUAGAUUGGAUACCAAUUAUUUAAUUUUCACUUUUUGCUUCCUUUUAUUUUCAUUAAUAUAAAGAGGACUUUCUCUAAAAUAAGGUAAUCUCAUUCUUAUAAUUUAUUUUGCCAAGCCAAGUGGCUAAAUAUUUUUAUAAUUUACCUUCAGGAAGUAUGAAUAUCAUUUUACAAUCUUAAAGUUGUGCAAAUAUUGCAAUAUAAUCAUUUUAGGAAAACAUUCACUAAUAGUUUAUAUUAAAGAAUUAUCUUCUAGCUUUAUUGCUCAGCUCUGCCCACUGUAUAGGUGCUACUUGUGAUUGAUGCCUGUGUUUUAAGAGGAUCUGAGUACAGCAAAAUGAAGAAAGACUUUGUUGUGGGUGAAGAGGCAGUGGAUGAAUGUAGGUACCUAGUGUGAAUGCAUCCCCAUAAAUGUGAUACCUGGUGGUAUUCCUCAACUUUAUACUAGCCUAUUGGAACAGCUUGAUGUGAUACUUGCAUUUGUUCUUCCAGUGGUUUGAAUUAUUUUUAUUUCCUAGUGCAGAGCUUUUUUAUACUGACAAGUGAUAAGCAGCCAGUUGCACGCACAGAGGAGGAUCACAGCCAAUAGCUUUAAGAUAAUGGUAAAAAAACAAAAAGUUUGCUGACCUGAUGUAUUUCCACAGGAAACAUAGUUAGAUACCUAAUUUUUUGAGAGCAUCAGAAACAAAUGAUGCAGUUACCAGCCCAGACUGGGGUUUUGUAAGCAUAGUGUGUGUGCCACUAGAUUAUAAAGCAUUAGGUCCUUCGGUCCUAAGCUAAUGCGUUUGAAGACCAAUUUAUUUAGGUCCAUCACUACUUAGACUGAAGGCCAAUUACCUCUUAUCAAUAAUAUGAUUAAUCCCACACCAUAGUUUCAGAUCUUCCACUUGUAGCACAGACCUCACUGACAAUGUUAGAAAAGUAUUUAUUCCCCUGACAGACCUGGUGUGGUGUGUGAUUACUCCUAAAUUAUAGAAGAGAUGUUGGCUGGUAGUCAGACCUAGAAAGAAUACCUGAUGGCAGUUGCUAAGCCAUAUAGGACUUUAUUAUGGUAAAGAACUUUGUAUGUGAUUCUUUAGUCAUGUGAUCUACUCAUGCAAUUGAGUUCUCAUCUAAUACUUAAUAGGUAAUGAGUGUGUGAUAGUGUGUGCAAGAGAGAUUACUCCAACCUAGAACAACCUUGAGUUGUAUAGUAGGAAUAACAAUUGUUUUAAUUGUCUGAAGAGAGAGGAAUCAACAUAAAAAGAGAAAUUGUGUUUUUAAGCUUGUUAAGACACCCUUUACAUGAUCUCACGUACCAUGAAGUCGUUAAGCGUAUCCAUAUUUAUGGCAAAAUGCAAGAUACUUAGUUUUAUGGAGUUCCACUUUCAGACCCAAACAAUCUGUAUGCAUUUUUCUCAACCUGAAAUGAUUAUUGUUGUUAUUACUACUACUUUUUUAUCAUUAUUAUUUUUAUGUACAUGUUAGUAUUUAAGAGAGCACAUGUACAAAUGAAACAAAACAAAGAAAAAAAUUGGAUUAAAUAAUCAGUCAACCUAAUUUCACUGUAGUGGCCUGGUUGAAGAGCAGGUAGUAUAAAUAGUUACAUUAAUAAUUGAUAUACCGUAGUGAAUCAUUCUGGCCUUGAAUGUUUUAGCUAAAUGUGUAAUCAACAAUGAUUGUCUAUAAAAUUGAAUAAAUACCCUCACUUUCUUUCCCAGUAAUCCAAGUUGCUGUAGAACUACUCAGUGUAAUGAACUCAGUUUUAUAUUAAACAAAAAUAAGGGUUAGUCAUUUAGAACAUUCAGUUGGAAAUGAAAGAAAAACAUCAAUUAGUAGGCUGAGGCUACACAAGGUCAUAAUACUGAUAUUUGUAAAAGCCCAUAAAAUUUGUAACAUUUCCUUUUUAACCUUCAGUAGUACUGUAGGACAUUUUAUUAUAUUAUUGAAAAGGAAAUUCUAAAUAUGACAAUUUUUAUUGCUAUAAAUUUGCAGACCAAUUUUUAGAGAAAAGAUUGUCAUUCUUAGACAAUAUGGAUGUUUUAUGGUACAAUUGGUGAUUGUAAAGAAUUUUUUGAGAUUUGAGAAUAAUUACCAAAUUCAUUAUUUGGUGAGGUGUGUAAAGAACAAAAUCCUAGUCCUAUUUUUAAAUAAUUAUAUUUGUUGAAACAGCUUAAGUGUGUCAUGCAUCAGACAUCUCCAUAUCUACCAGUCUUCUGAUUUAUGUUAAUAGUAGUCUGUAGAAAAUGAACUGUAAAAUGCUCUGAUCACUUAGAUGAUUCACAGCAGUUUAGAAGACAGGAGGAAUCACACAAGGGAUGUAUGGUGCUGUAUAUAGUCUCAACACAUGUGAGCAACAUUACUGACUAAUGAAUUUUUAGCAGUGAAUGCUAAAUAGGAAUACUUCUGUAGUUGCUGGGUGAAGAAAGUUCUUUUCUUUCAUGGUAUAGUUAAUGUGUAAAGUAACCAUAUGGUGCCUUCAGUGUGGUUACUGAAGUUUACCUGCAUACACUAACAUCUUAAAUAAAAGAAAGGGUACAGAGUUGCUGCUAAUAAAGAAGCCUCCUUCAUUCCAUGACUAGAAAAAGAGUUAAUCAUUAAAGCUCAUGGCUGAAAGAAGAAUAAAUCUGUAUAAACAAAUAGAGGAAAAUUUGUAAAUGGAAACCAGUGAAAACUUAUACUAAUAACAUUAUUAACAAAAUGAUAAGCAUAAAUUAGAAUGGCUUCUCUUGGAGGAAAUGAUGUGGACCUGUAUGCAAAAGUUGGGGUGGAUUUUUACAGAUAGCAGUGUAUAAUUUCUUAAGGUAAUUGCACAAGAACAGAAGAGUGAAGGGCAUUUAUAGUUAGUUUUAAAAAAUUGUUCUGUUCCAUUUGGACUACAUACCUAAAAGUAUAAAGAAAAAUACUCAACUUUAACUGUUAGAAUGACAAUUUAUAUAUUGCACAGUUAAAUGAGGAGCUGGAGUGGUUUUGUGAUAAUCUAAACCCUAGGGUUUUUAUAUUUUCUCAUAGCCAAGUCUCUUCAUAGAUGGAUAUACUCCAUGUUUUAUUUUUUUGUUUCAGUGUUACUAAUCAGUGGAUUUGCCUUGAACAUUGACUUGUCUGUUUACUAUUAUAAUUUUAUACAUAUAAUUUCCUUUGGCUUGUCAGCAGCUAAUAGAUUACAAGUGAUUGUAAUUUUUAUUUUAUAUUCCAGUAUAAAAACAAACCAGGGCAGUCAGGAAAACUGAUUAUGGUAGAUAUGCACCUUAUCAGAAAUGGAAAAUAUUGUUAUUUUCAUACAGAACAAAGCUAGAUCACAGUCUCUGCAACUCUGGUUUAACAGUAAUACAUUGUCUUGUAUAGAGUUCAUGGAACUUUUUUCUCAGAUUUAAGUUUCUAGUUUCACAUAAAACUUUCCUGGGCAAAUAAUGCCUAAUGUAUAGGCAAACACAAAGCUGCAAGAUCUUUGCUGCUUCUGCUCCUGUUUUGUGGAUUUGCCAUUUGAUAUCUGUUUAAAAAUAAUUGAAUUUAGAUUGUAUGAAGGUUUCUCGUUCGUAACCUGUGCCCCAUUAACAUGUCAGAAUUCAAUUUGGGAAGUGCAGAUAAUUGUUGAUGUAAGCAAAAGAAUAAGAAAAGAGAAGAAAAAAGAUAGGAAAACAGGAGUAAGGCAGCAGUAAGUGGCAGCAGUAUCCAUUGGAUGGGUAGGGUCAGGUGAGAUAUGUUGAAGUGUGUGUAAAAAGUAAAUUUACUUAGUGAGGGACUUCUGAGCCUUAAGCUGAUGUCAUCAAAGAAAUCUCUCUAGUAUUGUAUAUGUAUGUACAGACCACUGUAAACAAAGGGUAUGUAUUUUAAAAUGUACAAUUAAUGUAUUUAGUUAUCAUAUAAAGUGUACAGUUCUCUUUUUCCUAAUAAAAUGUAAAGUUGG